AUGGACCUCAUGAGCGCGUUGCAAAUCGUGCUCAAGAAGUCCUUGGCCGAAGACGGCUUGCACAGAGGUCUCAGAGAGGCGUGCAAGACGAUUGAAUCCAGAAAGGCGUUGUUGUGCGUUUUGGCGCAAGACUGCGACCAAGCGGAUUACACCAAGUUGAUCCAAGCGUUGUGCAACGAAGCGAACGUGCACUUGGUGAGAGUGCCGUCCGCGGUGUCUCUCGGCGAGUGGGCGGGCUUGUGCAAGCUCGACGCCGAAGGCCAAGCGAGAAAGGUUGUCAAGUGCUCGUGCGUUGUCGUCUCCGAUUACGGGGAGGAAACGCCGGCACUCGGCGUCUUGCAAGAAUUCUUGAAGACUGCUUAA